CAAGUGGGCGGACCUCUCAUUGCCCCGCCCCGUGACCUGCACGUUCGCGGAAAAGCCAAAGGUCAGAGGUUGUGGAGCCGUCAUGGCGGCGCUGUGCCGGACCCGUGCCGUGGCUGCCGACAGGCAUUUUCUGCGAGUGCUUCUCUUCUUUCGGCCCUGUCGAGACGCAGGCACUGAAAGUGGCUCCGGAAGCGAGAGUUCUGAUUCCACGGAGCCUAGGCCGCGCCUAGGCGGCUUCGCGAGCUCUUUGAAGCGGCACUCAGAGCUGCAGCGGAAGGCGGAGCUCGGGCGGAUGAGAAUUCCACCCUGGGCCACCACAUCUGCGCCAUCCCCCACCAAGCACAGAUGCCUGCUUUUCCCUGGCUCCUCUUCAAGAAGGAAAGGAAGGAAAAGGAAGUUGAAGAGCGUCCCAGGCUUUUUAAAGCAAAAUUCCAUUUCAGUAUUUUUAUUAUUGCUACAAAACGGCUCUCCAAAAGAUGUGGAAUCCUUCGCGUCUAUGCUGAGACAUUCUCCUCUUACACAGAUGGGACCUGCCAAGGAUAAACUAGUCAUUGGACGAAUCUUUCAUAUUGUGGAGAAUGAUCUUUAUAUAGAUUUUGGUGGCAAGUUUCCUUGUGUAUGUAAAAGACCGGAAGUGGAUGGAGAAUGAAUGAAAUGAUUACUGCAAAUGGCUUGUGUGAGAAAUAAGAUCAUCAUCAUCAUGAUCAUGAACAGCUGACAUUACCUUUUCUACGUGUCAAACAGAAAACGAUACCUUACUUACAUAUCUUACUAUCUACUUACUAUCUACUUUACAGAGGAAGAAAAGUGAGCCCCAGAGAAUUAAGUGACUUUUCAAAUCAUUUAGACUUGUGUCAGUUAAACUUAGCAGAAAACUUGAAGACGUGUGGAUUAAACAUAUAGAGACUUAUUUUUCUUGCAUAAGAAUCCUGGCUGCUGGAGCUUCCGGGGUUGCUUCAGCAGCCUGACAGCAUUAGGACCGCCUUCUUGCGUCACAGGUGCAAUAAGGCUGCUGAUUCUCCUGGGCUACAUGUCUGUGUUCAAGAGAGGAAGAGAGUAGGGCAGGGUACAGUCAGCUUCUCUGUCCCUUUUAUCAGGAAAACAAAAGCUUUUUUAGAAAUCUCUUCCAGACUUCAGCCUACCUUUCCUUGAUCAGACCUGUAUAAGAUGGCUCUGCCCUAACUGCAGAGAAAGCUCUGAAAACCAGCGUUUAAUCUUUUCAUUGUGGAGGCUGCAGAGGAGGAGUAAUUCCCCUUCCGUUAACCUAGCCAGAGGGCCUUGCUGCUUUGCCUAAGAUCCAAUAACUCUUCAGUGGCAGAGCUGAGAUUCUAACCCAGGUGUAUCUUGCUCCAAAGCCUAUUUCUCCAACUCUGCCUCUCAAAGAAUCAAGACCCCAUCACAAACAUUUUGAAUAACCAUUUUCCAACUUCCGUAUGCAGGCACAGUUUUUCUUCUUGAAAUUUUGUAUUUUUCAGAAUAAAAAUUUAUUUACCUUGUUA